AUGUCAAAGUCUACCAUAGCCGUCAUUGCCGCCGUGAGCGCCGGAGCUGGAGCUGCCGCCACAGCCGCUAUGUAUUCGCUGCGGUCCUCCGACAAGAAAAUCGAGUCCAUUACAACCACGACAACAACAAAAACAAACACCCUCGCUACCGCCGCAUCCAAGCUGCCCGUCCCCGCCUCUCAAGUCUUCAACGGCACCGCCGCUGCUACCACCACCAACGCAAGCCCCGUCGCCGCUGCUACCACCACCACAACCACAAGCCCCAUCGCCGUUGCCACCCUCGGCGCGCUCGUCGACCCGUCGGGGCUCUUCGAGUACGGCUUCCCGGGGCCCGUGUCGGACAUCGCGGCGCGGCAGGCGCUGAUCUCGUCAUUCGACCGGCGACUACGCAACCCGCAGUGGGUGGUGGAGCACAUCACACCCGAGUCGCUGGCCAAGCGCGACGGUGACCGCAAGAACAGCGCGUUCCGCGAGGACGACGCCGUGCCCGACAAGUUCCGCGCGCGGCUCAAGGACUACGCGCGCUCGGGCUACGACCGGGGGCACCAGGUGCCCGCCGCCGAUUGCAAGUGGUCGCAGACGGCCAUGGACGACACCUUCUACCUGACCAACAUGUGCCCGCAGGUCGGCGAGGGCUUCAACCGCGACUACUGGGCCCACUUCGAGGACUUCUGCCGCCGCCUCACGCAAAAGUAUCCCUCGGUCCGCAUCGUCACGGGCCCGCUGUACCUGCCGCGCCGCGACCCCGCCGACGACAAGUGGUACGUGCGCUACGAGGUCAUCGGCAACCCACCCAAUGUGGCCGUGCCGACGCACUUCUACAAGGUCAUCUUCGCCGAAGAAGAGGGGGCCGGCGGCGGCGCCUCCGGUAAAGUCGCCCUCGGCGCCUUUGUCCUCCCCAACGCCCCCAUCCCCAACGAGAAGCCCCUCACCGACUUCGAGGUCCCCGUCGAGGCCGUCGAGCGCGCCAGCGGCCUCGAGUUUGCCACCAAGCUCCCCACCCAGCGCCGCAAACGCCUCUGCGCCGACACCCCCUGCUCCCUCAUCAUCAAGGAGUACGCCGACCGCCAAAAGGCCUUUGCCAAGGGCGGCUCCAGCCCCCCGCGGAACACCAGCCGGUGA